AUGGCAUGGUACUACGAUGGUGGUAGUAUCCUUCAAUCAUUCCGUGACAUCCAAAGCAGUUCAAACCUUCGUAUGGUAGGUAAUAGGUAUCCUCCGCAUCAUGGUUUGGGUGGAAAGAAAGGCCGAGUCUUGGGAUUAUAUUCUAGUCCUGAAUUGUUCAUUGUAUUACCAGAAGCGGAGGGUGGUGAGCAGGUGAACGUGAGCGUGAAUGCCUACCUAUGA